ACAUAACUCAUAGAUGGCACAGUCGCUGGCAAUUUUUAUUAAUAGAUAAAUAAUUCGCAAUUGACGCUAAUUGAACCAAAUUCUGCUGAAAGCUGACAAUUACGUGUUAUUUGAAUAGUAAAAAUGGAAGGCUCUCAACAGUUCAAUCUCCGAUGGAACAAUCACACUAAUAAUAUAAUACAGGUAUUCCUGGAACAUUUUUCAGCCGAAUUACUCGUCGACGUAACUUUAUCCUGCCAAGGGCAUUUCUUAAAGGCGCAUAAAAUGAUAUUGUCAGCUUGCAGUCCGUACUUUCAGAAUCUGUUUAGAAAUCACGUUACAAAGCAUCCUGUAAUCAUCUUAAAUGGAAUCAAAUACGACGAUCUACAGAUGAUAAUCAAGUUCAUGUAUUAUGGCGAAGUAAAGGUUCAGGAGACGCAAUUACAGGAUUUGUUAGCAACAGCAGAGACUCUUCAGAUAAAAGGAUUAAGCAACAUCCGCGAUAUUAGCAACGAUGAAGACGUGAUAUCACCCGUCGCAGAGAAACCCUACGCUGAAUAUGAAAAAGAUAAAAGUGAAAAUGCCGUUACUGCCACAAUGAGUACAUUUCAUAAUCCUGCGAAUGACUUAGUCGAAAAUGGCACAAUGCCAGAGCCACCCCGUAUUAGAAAGCGUAAAAAAGUGUUACGUAAGAUAAACGAACUGGCAGACAAAACUGUCUAUACAAAUGUAAGGAGUGGAUGCAUAAGCACCGAUGAAUCGAUGGAGAAACCCACAGCUCAGAAUCAGUGGUCUUCAUCGUUAAAAAUAGAGUUACCAUCCAUUGAAGAGGAAAACAAAGAUGAGCCUAUUAACCCAUCGUCAAGUGAGACGAUGGAAACAAAGAAUGAACAGCCAAAGCCAAGACAGAGGAGCGUCAAAGCAAAGGAAAAGAAGAAAAUCAUUGGAAGAAUACCACGACCUGCUAAUGCAUUUAUGUUAUUUGCCAACGAGUGGAGAAAGAAAGUCGCCUUUGAGUAUCCAGGCGAUACCAACACUGAGAUAUCAGUUAGAUUAGGAAUUAUGUGGAAAAGUCUCAACAGCCAAGGAAAGGAGCCGUACUUUUUACUUGCAAAGAAAGUAGACGAGGAGCACAAGAGAAAAUACCCAAAUUAUAGUUACAGUCCGAAAGAAGCAAGAUUAAGAAAAAACCUGAAGCGAGGAUUGAUCUUGGCUUGAUGUCCCUCCACAAAGUUAUAAUUUUCUAUAAGAAACCAAAAUGAAUUGUGCAUACCUUUAUAAUUUCUCCAACCCAAAAGUCAAGCUGUGCUCGAUAGCAGGGCAUAAGCUUUGACAAGCAAACGAUAAACCUCACUUUCGAUACAACGAACUGUCUUUAAAAUAAACUCUACGAGAAAUAAAUUUAUAUAGAA